AGUGGUGAAACUUGGAAUUAUAUUACCAAAAACUCACAGACUUGAAGCUAGUGUGAAGCCCAUUAAACUUGUAAGGGUCCACCCGAGAUGGGACUAUAAGUAUCUAACUUGAGGUCAAUCAAGAAGUCGUUUUCUUCUGUAACACAACUUGUAUCCUGGGAUGACCACAGUAACCACAACGUACUAACUAAGCGACCACUCAACUUUCGUAUUAAGCACUGGUUGAAUCAUAGAUUCCAUAGCUUUAUAGAUAAACAAACACCUUCUGCACAUCCAACAAUGUCUUCUCGUCGCUUCACUCUCUUCACGCUACUGGUCUUGAUCGCUUUCUUUCUCUCUCAGGUUCUUGCUGCAAAUGAUCGCAAUUAUCAGAAGAUCAAACCCUCAUCAUCACCAUUCGCAUCAGCUCUCGAAGCCCUACAGAAACAAAUCAACUAUAAUUUCCAGAACGUAGGUCUUCUCCGCCGUGCAAUGACACACCCUUCAUUCUCAGAAGAGAACAAUAGGGCAUUGAGCGUUAUGGGUUCCAAUGUGAUCGACACGUUUGUUUCUCUGUUUUCACUUAGAAAAGACAUCGAUAUCUCCUCUAAAGAACUCAAUCGUCGCAUAGCUGAAAUUUCAAAGGUGGAAACAUCAUGUGCUGUUGAUGGGAUGCGGUUGGGGUUAGACAAAGUUGUUAGAGUUUCUUACAAGACUAAUUCAACUGCUCCAGCGGUGGUUUGUGGUGCUUUUAGGGCGCUUUUUGGCGCUAUUGCUAUCGAUACUGGUAAAUCUGAUGAUGCUGGAAGUGUUUUCUGGGGUGUUCAUAGUCAUAAUACUAUAAGUGGAAAAGCCACUGCCUUCUAAUGUAAGUUUAGCUGUUCUAGUUAUUUGAUGUUUAUAGAGUGUGCUUGCUUUUCUGUGUUUGCAAACCCAUGAAUUCAGCUUUAGUAUAUGGUGGGCUGAUUGUUUAUGUGAUUUGUGGUUAAGACUUUGUAAACUCUGUAUCAGAAGUUACCUUUUUAAUUAUGUUAGAAGUAAUGGUUCACCAUGUA